AUGUCUCUUGAUUCCCACAAAUUAGCUGCUACGGCCCUUCACUCGGUGAAUUCGACCUUGGAAAACGAAAGUGAGGCGGUUCAAAACCUUGCUCUUCAGUAUCAGGAGGAUUCCGACUCACAAACUGAGUUGAUCAAUGCGCUCCGGAUCUUCUAUGAAACCAAUGCUAGAGGCGGCAAGAUUGUAGCCUGUGGCAUUGGAAAGUCAUACAAGAUAGCUACGAAGACGGUGGCCACGUUCAAGUCGCUUUCUAUUGGCUCUGACAUUCUCCAUCCAUCGGAGGCCUUGCACGGAGACCUUGGGCUUCUUAACGACAGGGACUGUCUUUUGUUCUUCACCGCCAGCGGAAACACACCCGAGCUUCUUCAGUUACUUCCCCAUAUUUCACUGCAGAUCCCUAUCGUGCUUCUCACGUGCAACAAGGUCUCACAACUUUCUGUCCAGAACCAGGUCAGAUGUUUGCUUUAUGCUGAUUUGCCUGAACACUUGAAAGAAACAAAUGUGCACGGUAUCCCAGCACCAACUAUCUCCACAACGUUGUCGCUUGCGUUGGCAGAUGCUGUUGCGUUGGCUUUGGCAGAAAUGAUCACGUCUGACCAUUUGAAGCGGAAGAAGAUGUUCUCCAUGAAACAUCCUGGAGGCUCAAUCGGCUCAGACUUGAGCCACUUGAACGACAAUUACUUGCGUAUGGAGCUUCUGACUAGUGGUAAGGGCGAGCUUACAGAUGCUAGCCAUGAUAGCUACUCGUCGCUUUUGUCUUUGAGUCAGUUACGCACUAGCUUAUGCACUAUGAAUGGCAGGGCCAAUUCCAAUGGGUCGUCACUUCUGAAUUCCGAUAGUGAAGAGCUGCAGCACUCGAAACCCGACGCCAGGUUGUCAAGUAAGCUUCGAAGCGCUAAACCUGAUCAGGUCCAUUCGGUCGAAAAGGAGACUUUGACCAAUUGGGAUGAGUUGGAUUUGCUAAGGGCCAUCUCUUCUUACGAUUACGUUUCCUUCAGACAUGCAAAGAAGACAUUUGCCGCAGAAAGCUUGAAGAUUCGCUCUUGGUAUAAACUGGGAAACUAUGGUUCAUGUGACAAUAUUGGGGAACUCGUUUCUGAGCAGUUCCACUUAGUUGAUCUCCAGUAA